GUUCCCUGCCCCUCCGCCGGUAUACGGAGACAUUGCGGAGGUGGACGGUGUGCUUGCCGCGAUCGCCGAGAGGCACUUCCGAGAGCAGGAGGUCAAGGAGGUGGACACGCUCGCGGCGUUCAUGUGCGCGGUGCAGGCAAAGGCCCGACUGGCGUCCUAGGGCAUCAGCCAAUGAACGAUCGCGGCCAGCCCGGCCACCACGCGGUCGGUGUCUUUAGCACGCGCAUAGCGCUGGAAGUACUUCCCAAGGCGAAGGAGGCGAGGCUUGUGCCUCGCUCAGAAUUGGCCUUCCGCGGCGCCCGGCACUCCCGUUCAAUUUGGGCCUCGAGCACGAUGUUCCCUUGACGACAGUCUGUACAUGCCCCUCCUGGACGUUCGGCACUCUGUCAGAUGCAUCCUCGACACAGCACAAUGCCGCGUCCUCGCUAUCGUUCCGCCCCGUAUAUAAAGCGUCCGUCCUCGACCCAGCUCAGCAUCCCUCCAUCCUCUCAUCCUUCCAUCCUUCGCAGCAGAGCUGCCCGGUCUCGGUUACUUUUAAACUUCUCAACCCGCCCCGGUCUAUUCGCACUUUCCGAAGCUUGCUUCACGUCGACUCUCUACAUCCACUCCAGUCAUGCAGUUCUCCACCGUUUUCGCCGCUCUCCUCGCUCUCGUCCCCGCCGCCGUGCAGGCCACGCCUCUGGCCGCACGCGCUGCCACGGCGGGCGGUAAUGCCCAGACGUCCCUCACGCUCGUGCAGUCGGUCAUCGCCACUGGCUUCGAGAACAACGGCCAGGACCAGCCGACUGCCGGCCAGGUGCCCUCGCUCACGUCGUCGAACAACUUCAUCAACUUCUGCGCGACCGUCCCCAACCUGCCGAUCACCAACGGCCUCCAGAUCAAGACUGGUUCCUGCAACCCCGCCCCCAUGGGCAUCAUCGCGUCCACGGCGAACAUGCCCACGUCCAAGUUCAUCUUCCCCACGAACGGCGGCACGAUCGCGGCGAACAAGACGUUCACGAUCCGGAUGCAGAUCAACCACCUCGAGACGGGCCACUUCGUGAACGCGAACGAGAACUACUUCUCGGCGCCGCAGGUCGUGAACGGCGCGGGCGACAUCCAGGGCCACUCGCACGUCGUCAUCGAGAGGCUGUCCUCGCUCGGCCAGACCACCGUGACGGACCCGCUGGGCUUCAUCUUCUUCAAGGGCCUCAACGACAAGGCGCAGGGCAACGCGCAGGGCGGCGUCCUCAGCACCGACGUCACCGGCGGCCUCCCGUCCGGCACCUACCGCCUCGCGUCCAUCAACUCGGCCGCGAACCACCAGCCGGUGCUCGUUGCUGUCGCGCAGCACGGUUCGCUCGACGACAUGGUCUACUUCACCGUCACCGACAACGGCUCCGUCGGCGGCCACUAAUCGCCUCGCGCAACUGAGGUAGACCGGGCGGGCUCGGGUCCGCGGGUCGGUGGUGUCUUUCUUUCCGGUCGUCGGUUCUCGCGUCGCUCGAUGUGGCGCGGGGCUGGGGCUGCUUUCAUUCAUGGCUGUCAUUCAUUGCCCAUUGUUGUAUCAUUCGCUCUUUGUCAUAAUGUCUGGAGGUAGACUUGUAGAUUGUGCUUAGUCGGCGCGACGCUGUGCGGAUCGACCGCGGUCGUCUAUGCAAUAGACGGUUUUGGGUUUUG